GUGGUUUCCCCCGCGUCCAGUUGGGCUUUGGUAGCAUAACUUCGCAUUAGCCACAAGGCUAUCACCUUGCUGAAUAGCUAGGAGCCACGAGCAAAGAGGUGACCCACACGCCUCGUCAAAGUAGGGAGUCGAGAGUCACUCGCGCACACGUUCUUGGCACGCGCGCCAUUGGGCGAAGUUUAUUCAUAGACCAGGAUACGUGAGCAAUCGGCGAGGAGUUUGGCGCGACGAAAGAAUUUCACAACUGGCUCGGGUACCUUGCUUUCAGCGCGCUGCACGCAACCUUGUCUCCGGCGGCCUCUGGCCACGCAACCCUGCCCGCCGCCUGCCCGCCGCCAUGGUGCUCAGCCAAUCCUUGUGUGGCCGCUGCCGGACCACGCCCUUCAAUGCGCGCCCAGCCCUGGCUCUCCUAGCCAGUGUGGCCGUGCUGUGCGCGGCACUGCUGCUGGUCGGGACCCCGGCCCCUGCCUGUGCGUCGCGCGAUCUGGCGGACGUUGUCCGGAACUAUGCGGUCGCCCACGGCUUCGAUCUGGGCUCAACCACGGAGCAUCCCGAGGGCGCAUCAACAGCGGGCGAGGAAGUGACCAUUGGGGCCAUCGGCCGCAGCCUGCUGGCAAAGAAAUCGCCACCGCCCCUGCGGUCGUCGCCACCACCGAAGCCCCCUCCCUCCCCCAAGCGCUCCCCCCCUCCCCGCCCGCCGCCCCCGAGCCCGCCGUCACCCCGCCCGCCUCCUCCUCCGCUCGCCGCGGAUAGCACUGACGAAGGCCCUGGCCCCGCUGACGGCAAUCCUAACACUCCGGGGGAUGGCAAAGUCGGACUGCCGUCUGUGCCCAAUAACGACCCGGACAACUACGGCCAGUGGCUGCUGAAGGCGGUGGGGAAUGUGGUAGCCGUGCACAUGUGCAUGGUGCCCGGCACUGAGAAGUUCUUUUUCAUGGAGCGCCCCUCCGGCCGACACCCAGACGGAAAGAACAACAUCGUCGGUUACUACGAUUACCAGACCAACAAGUUCGUCAACGUCAAUUACACGGACUCCGUUUUCUGUGCCGGGCACACCGUGACGCAGGACGGACACGUGCUUGUGGUGGGCGGUCACAUCGCCAAGUCGGGUUACGGUGACGGCUUGAAGGCGGUCCGUGUGUUCUCGCGCAAGACCCUGUCCUUCCACCGCAUCGCCAACAUGACCUACCCCCGCUGGUACCCCACCGCGACGCUGCUGCCUUCUGGUAUGGUCACGAUCAUGGGCGGCACCGUCCUGCCGGGAGCGGGCACAGGCAAGAAUCCCAUCUACGAAAUCUGGGAUCCCGCCAACCCCACGCAGCUCAUGCGUCGCAACCAGUCUGCAGCCAUGGUCGCCCGCACCAAUGACAUCUACUACCCCAACACCUACGUGCUCCCCACCGGCCAUCUUCUUUUGUCUUGCAACCGUUACGGCGAGAUUAUGGAUCCCAUGGCCGCUAAGGUCAUCACUGCGAUGCCUAGUUGGAUGGCAGUUGCCAAAGGCGUUUUCACGGAGUACCCCUUCACCGGCACAAGCGCAAUGCUCUCGCUCAAGCCUGAGAACAACUACACGCCUGAGGUUGUUUACUUUGGUGGCCAGUUCAGUUACGGCUGGAUCAACACGACCGCAUCUCGACUGGCCCUCCGUCUGAAGGUGGAAUGGGACGAGGCAGCCGGCAACUACACGUUCGGAGAGGGCUGGGUAGCGGAAAAGAUGCCGCUCCCGCGUGUGAUGGGUGACGCGCUCGUCCUGCCCAACGGCAAGGUCAUUGUGCUGAACGGCGCCGUCAAGGGCCUCGCGGGAGACAACGCCGCGGGAGGUGCCGCCAAGGCCAACGAGCCCGCGCUGUGGCCCGUUCUGUACGACCCGGAUGCCCCGCUGGGCUCGCGCAUGACUGUCCUGGCGCGCUCCAACAUCCCGCGUAUGUACCACUCCACCGUCUCCAUCACCACGGAUGGCUCCCUGCUGGUGGCCGGCUGCGACCGAUGCGACAAGUACUGGUGGACCUCUGCAAGCAUCUCCAAGUCCCCCACGUCUUUUGCUGAGUACCGCAUUGAGGUGUUCCGCCCUCCCAUGUGGUUCAACGUCACUGCCAAGCCCAACAUCGUGUCCAUUGAUGAGGACACCUGGGACGACGAGGACGGUGUCAACGUGAUGCAGUACGGCGCGCCCUUUGCGCUCACCUACUCCAUGUUCUACGAGAGCGACAAGGUCACGAGCGCUGUGCUGGUGGCGCCCAGCUCUACCACCCACUCCACCAACAUGAACCAGCGCGUGGUUGGCUUGCAAGUCCUGCAACACGACGCCGCCACCCGCCGCCUGAUCGUGUCCGGCCCGCCCCAUAUUAACAUUGCUCCGCCCGGCUGGUACAUGCUGUUCCUGCUGAACGGGGACGUGUACGGCCAGAGUGAGUGGGUGCGGCUGCCCGGGGACGCGCCGCGCCUGGACCCCUUCAUGCAGCAGUACGCCAGCGGCAGCACGAAGAAAUGAUACGGCCGAUUGAUGCUCUUACAGAGCUUAUCAGAGUGCAACAGGCAGACCCGAUCAUGUUUCCUGCUUUCAGUGAGAUUUGCAUGGCCGCCAAGGGGCACAUGGUGUGUGCUCCACCAGUAGGGCUGCACGUGGCAUGCCUGUGCGCGAGUGUGUCUGGUGUGUCCAUGAAUGGACAGGGCUGAUGGACAAUUGGCCAUUCAUGUCAAACGAUUUAAGCAAGCCCUGUUGAUUGUACAGGUGUUUUCGGCAUGCAUAGAGCAUAUUGAUAUUCUUAUGUAGGAAUUAAUAUGGGCCGUGCGCGUGCCAACGUGCCGGGCCGCAUACAUGCAGCUGGCAACAAACUUGCAUGCGAACACAGCAGCUAUGAACUGAAUGACUUGGGUGCGGGUCUGCGGAGAUGCCGGUCUGCGGUUAUGGAGUUAUGCUGGCCUGCGGAGAUGCGGGCGUUUGGAAAUGCACGUGCUGGCGGGUUGCUUGUGGCCCAUGCCAGGGUUCCAUGGCUUGGCAUGAGUGGUCACAAGGUCACGACGGAAGGCUUCUGUCACUAGCACUACUGUAUCCAUGCACGCACGCGAGGCACCUUGCUUAUGAGAUUCGUGCGGCCUAAUGCGUUUCCAGUGCUUUUGCGCUUGAGUGACCCCGGACAACACGACAUGUGUAACGUGGCACGCUUACA